GCAACUCCACUUUUGGAUAAUGAUAUACAAGAUAAAUAUUUCUAUGAAAUUAUGGUGCAGACUGGCUUCCAGUACAAUGCUGGAACCAAAUCCAAGGUCCAUUUUAUUUUAUCUGGCGAAGAUGACGAAACAGAAGUACGAACAUUUACGGAUGAUCAGCGGGAAAUAUUCAAACGAGGAGCCUUGAAUAUGUUUGUCAUGUCUGUGCCAAGAUGCUUAGGUCAGCUAAAUUACCUUCGUAUCUGGCACGAUAAUUCUGGAAAAGGCAGUAGUGCAUCGUGGUACUUGAAGUAUGUGGUAGUAAAGGACAUCCACACAGGCUUAAAGUAUGAAUUUAUCGCAGACAGAUGGUUUGCUGUCGAAGAAGGAAACGGGAUGAUCGAUCAUCUAAUACCAGUGGCUGGGAAAGAACAGACAACGGAAUUUUCUCAUCUCUUUUCCAAUGCAUCCAGAAGGAAUCUUACAGACAAUCAUAUCUGGUUAUCCGUCUUCACAAGACCAGCACGCAGUCGAUUUACGCGAGUGCAGCGUUUGUCUUGUUGUCUAGCUCUGCUUUAUUUAUCAAUGCUGACAUCAGCAAUGUGGUAUCAAACAACCCCAGAACAGCCGAGCCCCGGCGCUUUCAAGUUCGGACCAUUGUCACUAAGUCCUGAGCAGAUCGGUGUUGGAAUUAUGUCCAAUCUGAUUAUUUUCCCUCCCAGUUUCCUAAUGGUUUUCUUUUUCCGGAAAUCCCGAGCUCGCUCGCUUCGACCAUCUCAUGUCAAUGUGGCUCUGGAAAACCAAUAUGAAAGAUGGCGUAAAAACUAUGGUACACUUAAUCAAACCGAGGAAACGUCGAAAUCUCAGAAAAAGCAGCAAAGGAAGGUGGAUGAGGAGGCACAACUAAGAAGCCCUUCGAAGAAAAAAAGAUUUCUUCUACCCUGGUGGUGUAUUUACAUUAGCUGGCUUUUGGUUGUGGCUUCCGUCGGAUGCAGCAUAUUUUUUCUGUGGGCAUAUGGUCUCCAGUUUGGCAAUGUCAGAACUACAAAAUGGUUGACGUCCCUCCUCAUUUGUUUCAUUUCUUCGAUAUUACUUACUGAGCCUAUCAAAAUAUUUUGCCUCGCUGUGUUGAUGGCUUGCUUGUGUGGUAAUCCCGAUGUUGACGAUGAUGAUGCAGAUGAUGAUGAAGAAGAUCCAUAUUUAAAAAAAGACGAAGAAUGGCUACAUGAUGUUAACCCAGGAAUAUCUGUCCAGAGACCCAAAUACAGGCCAAUUGAUCUUCAAGCUCUAGAAGCAGCCCGGAAAAUACGCGAAAAAGAGAUUCGGAUGCAUAAAUUAUUGAAAGAGAUUACAGCUUAUGCCUUAUAUUUGUGGAUUUUGAUGAUUCUCAGCUAUGGUAAUAGAGACCCUAAUAGUUUCUAUCUUAGAGAAACUGUUAUUAAUAAUUUUAUCAAGCCUGGAGAUUUAUGGCAUGAUUUUAACGAAGUUACAACUGAAGUGAAAUUUUGGAACUGGACUCGAAAUGCUCUUUUGCCAGAGCUUUUCGCUGGAUUGUGGUACAAUGGACGAAAGCCUUUAGGACUUCGAUUAUUGUUGGACGACAGGAACAAUUUUAAGAUUGGAUACCCUGUUCUGAGACAGGUCAGAGCUCGAAAAGAUUCCUGCUCUGUACCUUGGCAGAUGGAAAGUGUAGUAUCCGAGUGUGCAGGAUAUGGAGGUUUAAUAAACGAACAGAGUGGUUUUUAUGAAAAACAAUGGCAUUCGAACAUUACAAUGGAAUCGAAAGUGCCACCGGAGUACAAAUACAUGACUGCUAGUGAGUUAAACGGAUUUCCUUUCUGGGGGCAACUAGACUGGUACGGUGGAGGAGGUUUCAUAGUUCGUCUAGACGCUAAACGAUAUGAAGAUGGAGAGAAGCUCAUAACAAAGAUGCUGGAAUUAGAAAAAACUUCCUGGAUCAAUAGCGAUACAAGAGCAGUCUUUGUAGAAUUUGGUACUUAUAAUGCCCAAGUUAAUUUAUUUGUGGUUUCGACUAUUGUGGCGGAAUUUUUACCAGGGGGAGGAAUCGUACCAUAUUACCAUAUUGAUCCAAUCAAGUUACUUCAUUACCAUACAGGGGCUGGAUUGUUGCAAUUAGGUUGCCAAAUAGGUUUCCUUUUUUUUACUGCUUACUAUACGGUGUAUGAAUUAUCUGCUAGUUGCAAACAAGGUAAAAGUUAUUUUACAGAGUACUGGAAUAUUGCUGAACUGGCAAAUCUAUGUGCUGCUUAUGCAGCUAUUAGUGUCGAAAUAUAUAAAAUGAUCAUAACGUGGAGAAUUCUGGAGAGAUUUACAGCUACGGAAGGUACAGGAUAUAUUAAAUUACAAGAAGCUCUGAUUCUGGACGAAACUUUCUGUUAUCUCAUUGGCUUUUUAAUGUCACUUGCGACUUUAAAGUUUUUAAAACUCUUGAGGUUUAAUAAAAGAAUUGGUAGCAUGAUAGCUACCUUGAGAUUGUGCGCUAGAGAGCUGAAAGGUUAUGGGGUAUGCCUUCUUAUAACAUUUUUUGCUUUUGUUGCUCUCUUUUGGUUGAUCCUUGGUCAUGCUGUUCUUGAAUUCUGUACCUUUUUGGCGGCUUUUGAGUCAUCUAUAAGCAUGAUGCUUAAGAAAUUCAAUUACGAAGACAUGGAAGCUGCAUCACCAAUUCUAGCACCCUUAGCCUUUUUUACUUUUGCUUUAACCGCCUCUGUUAUCCUGGUUAAUAUUCUUUUGACUAUAAUCAUUCAGUCGUUUGAAGAAGUGAAAUAUGACGUUAAGUUGCAAAACAAUGACUACGAAUUGGUACCUUUCAUAUUUGGUCGUAUGAAAUUGUUUUUGGGAAUUCAAAAGAAUCAAAAUAAGGUAUUACCAGUAGGUUUAAAAGAAGUCGAGAAAAAAACAAAUGUUAUGGAUUCUUUCAAUGGCAAGGUAGAUCUUCUGCUCAAUUUCAUUAACAGCGUUUAUCUAGAUGAACAAAUGGAUGUCGAAUUUCUGAAAAAAUCAAAAGUACAGUUUUCUUCAGUUUCUGACACGAAACCAGAAAAGAAAAAAUGUCGUCCUAAAAGAAUACCAAAACACAAGUCACUGAUUAUGAAAAAGCAUUUAGAUUUCUAAAAUUCAAAAAGUUGUUCUUGUAUACCAGUAAAGUUUAAAAAAAAGUUACAAAUAACUAUGUGCAAACUAUGGUAUCAUAGGAGAAAAGAACAACAAAUCUCCAGAUGCACAGAUUUUUAAAAUCCACUCUAAAUAUUGUAGUAUUAAGAAUAAAUUGAAUUAGAAAUAUACCCUGUUCAAUAUUAAUAUUAUGCGUUGGUUUAGCUGUGUAUAGAAGUUCUCAUAAACUGUUACGUCUUAAAUGCUGACAAUUGCUGUUUUCCAUUAUAUGAUUUAUGCUAAUGAAGUGUCUUAUUUAUUUAUUUUAUUAAGCUGUAAACUAAUAAAAUCUGAUAUGGAUGACACAGAAAUCAAAAUUUACUUACCUAUAGAAAUAAUUACUUAAAAUCUCAAAUUCAAUGAAAAGUAAAGAAAACAAGGAAAAUUUAGACAGCACAUAUCAUGGAAUAUUUAUUUAGAACAUUAUCCGCAAGCUAUGCUACAAAGGAGCUUACUUUAUAUUCCAUAAUUUAAAUCUGGAAAAUAACUUAAGGUGUAAACAAUAUUCUACGUGCAUAUAAUUUAUAAUGCAUUUGCUUAUAUUGUCCAUACCAUUCCAGACAUUAUCUGAAAGCUGCUUUGAAAUACACUGCUCGACACUGAAAAUGCAACACCAAGAAGGAGUGGUCAGAAAAUGAUGAAAUUUGGAAAAAAGACAGAGACAGCAAGCAGCAAUAAGCGAUCUUUAUUUCAAAAUGAUAGUCAGAAUACAGAGCGAGAAAGGCGUCGGCUUAAUAGGAUGUAGGAACACCGCGGACAGCGAUGCACGGAGAAACACGUCUAGGCAUAGAGUCAGUAAGAGUGCGAAUGGUGUCCUGAGGAAUGACUCUCCAUUUCCUUUCAACCAUUUGCCACAAUUCGUCUUCUGAACGAGGCUGGGGCAGAUUCUGCUAACGACCUCCAAUCACAUCCCACACAUGUUCGAUUGGUGACAAGUCAGGAGAGUACGGUGGCCAGGGAAGC